AUUGCCGCUAAGCAAUUAGCAGGUGAAAUGUGUUUUUUUUCCCCUCUCCAUUGAUUGAAGUUCAGAUUGAUUUGAAAAGGAGGGGUGGUACUUUGUGAGAAGCCAUACUUGGUGGAGGAGAAUUUAUUACACUGUCCUUUAUGAACUGGGAUUUAAGAAAUGACUGCCACCGGUUUUAAUUAGAUUGAGAGUCACAGUGUUGUUUUUUAAUUUGAAAUUUAUGUGUGUUAAACCUCAACAGAAAAAGCAAGUGAUAUUGCUUAUAUAAAAAGUAGACUGCAUUUGCUGCCUGAGUUUGUAUUGAUUUUGUGUAUAGAUACUGUGUGCAGUAUACACAUGAAUGUAAUCCUGUCAAAGGUUGAUUAUCACCGAAAUAGACGUGGAAGAGUUGUAAGAAGUAAAGGAUGAAGUGAGCUAAAGAGACCCCCUACAGAAAUGGCGAAAAGCAAGUUUGAGUAUGUGAAGCAGUUUGAAGCAGAAGACAAAUGUCUGCCAAACUGCUGGAUCGUCAUCAGAGUGGAUGGGAAAUGCUUUCACAGAUUUGCUGAUGUCCACCACUUUGUGAAGCCCAAUGAUGACCGCGGUCUGAACUUGAUGACCCGUGCUGCCCAGUGUGUUAUGGAUGAGUAUAAGGAUGUGGUCUUCUGUUAUGGGCAGAGUGAUGAAUAUAGCUUUGUCUUCAGGAAAAACACCAAUGUCUUCAACAGGCGUGGAAGCAAAAUAAUGAGUAAUGUGGUCAGUCUGUUUACCUCCUCCUUUGUGUUUUACUGGCCUCGAUAUUUCAACACGCAAGCCAUGCAAUACCCUCCAGCAUUUGAUGGUCGUGUCAUUUUGUAUCCUAGCGACAAGAAUCUCCGUGACUACCUAUCUUGGAGGCAGGCAGAUUGUCACAUCAAUAAUUUGUACAAUACCUGUUUCUGGAAACUGGUUCAGGAAAGAGGGCUGACUCCAGCUCAAUCACAGGAGAGGUUAAAGGGAACCUUAUCAAGUGAUAAAAAUGAUCUACUAUUCAACGAAUUCAGUCAGAACUACAAUAACCUGCCAGAGAUGUACAGAAAGGGAACCGUCAUUAUGCAUCAAAAGGAGAAAGAGUUGGAUGCAAAUUCAUUGUCACCCUUGGAGAGAAGUCCUCGAAAUUCUGUUUCUUUUAGUUUCCAAGGCGACUACAUUCCUCGUACGCGAGUCCAAAUUCUACACUGUGAUAUUAUUAGUGAAAAAUUCUGGACCGAGCACCCUCAAAUUUUGGAUGGUGUCAAAAAAUAGUAUUUUAUUUCAACAGGGGAGGAAACUUUACCAUUUGUUUUAAUGAGGUUGGAAUGUGUGAAAGUGGAAGGAUGAGCCGUCGUCUAGACGGCCGUAAAACGCUAUUUAUUGGUGAUGUGUCACGAUCACUGUGUUAGAUUUGUACAAUGUACAUGUCAUUUCUUUGUAUGCAUUGUAAAAUGAUAUUAUACUCAAUUACGCAAUAACAUAGUCACAUGUAACUAAUAGUUUGCAUGUUCUUGAUCAUCAUAUUAAACGUAUGUGAAGUAUC